AUUGGAUUGGAUAAUAAAUAGAUGGACCGAGAGAGACAGAGAGGAGCUGUCGGACAUCUCUGAGGGCUUCAGCGCAGCUACACGGUGAGAAGCAAGACGGAGCCAAACGUGAGCCCAGACCACACUCAGCAAACCUGUGAGAUGCUCAGAAACCACCCAACAGGUGAUUUUCAGCACUCAAACAAACCAGUGUGUUAGGACGUGCCCCACUCAUCGCCACUGGGUAGCCCAUGCACAUGCACGACACCAUGGGUAGCUCCCCCGAGGUGCUCUCGUGGACCUCCUGCCCCAGUCUGCUGGUGGGCAAGCUGAAGGAGGAGCUCAAGCUCACUGUGGUUGGGGACGGCAUGAAGAAAUCAAACUCGCCCAAUUCCCAACAUCAGCCUCCUCAGGCACCUCCAUCCACCUUACCUCCUCAGAUUAUCACAGACCUGGCCCCGCCGACACACCUGCCCGUUCCCCUGCAGACACUGCAGAUGCCCAGCCAGGAUGAGGACUCAAUGCUCGGGGGUGUGAGUCCCCCAAACACAGCCUUGAGCGUGGACUCGACACGGAGCGAGGGUGGGCACUUUGACAACAGCGUGCUCCAGCUGCAGGAGCAGGACCAUGAGGAAGCCGUUUCGCCAGCCUCCUGUGAGCAUGGUGGUUGUGGCAGCGGGAUGGAGGAGCAGAUGGGAGAAGGGGACUGUCCCAUUGAUCACAGUGGAGAGGGAAGGCAAAGCCAUCCUCAUCACCCUGAUGACAUCAAGUUGCACUUUCACAGAGCGGGGCCUGGGUCCGGUGGGUUCCUAGAAGGGCUGUUUGGCUGCCUUCGGCCUGUGUGGAACAUCAUAGGGAAGACGUACUCAACAGAAUACAAGCUACAACAGCAAGACAUGUGGGAGGUUCCAUUUGAGGAGAUUUCAGAGUUGCAGUGGCUGGGCAGCGGAGCACAGGGUGCUGUCUUCUUGGGCAAGUUCCGCUCCGAGGAGGUGGCCAUCAAGAAGGUGCGCGAGCAGAAGGAGACGGACAUUAAACACCUCCGAAAACUCAAGCACCCAAAUAUCAUCAGCUUCAAGGGUGUGUGCACCCAGGCGCCUUGUUACUGCAUCAUCAUGGAGUACUGUGCCCAGGGCCAGCUGUAUGAGGUGCUGAGGGCGGGGAGGAAAGUAACCCCCAGGAUGCUGGUGGACUGGGCCUCAGGCAUCGCCAGUGGCAUGAACUACCUACACCUGCACAAGAUCAUCCACAGAGAUCUCAAGUCUCCCAAUGUUUUGGUCACCCACAACGACACUGUGAAAAUCUCCGACUUUGGAACGUCCAAAGAGCUCAGUGACAAAAGUACAAAGAUGUCAUUUGCGGGUACGGUGGCCUGGAUGGCCCCAGAAGUGAUAAGAAAUGAGCCUGUGUCUGAAAAAGUAGAUAUCUGGUCAUUUGGAGUUGUGUUGUGGGAACUUCUGACCGGAGAGAUUCCCUACAAAGACGUGGACUCCUCGGCCAUCAUUUGGGGUGUUGGCAGCAACAGUCUUCACCUUCCUGUCCCCUCCACCUGCCCGGACGGCUUCAAAAUCCUCAUGAAACAAACAUGGCAAGGCAAGCCCAGGAAUAGGCCUUCGUUUCGUCAGAUCCUCCUACACCUCGACAUUGCCUCUGCUGAUGUCCUAGGAGCUCCUCAGGAGACCUACUUCAAGUCUCAGGCAGAAUGGAGGGAGGAAGUGAAGAAACAUUUUGAGAAGAUCAAAAGUGAAGGCACCUGUAUCCACAGGCUGGACGAGGAGCUGAUCCGACGCAGGCGGGAUGAACUCAGGCAUGCACUGGACAUCCGGGAGCACUAUGAGAGGAAGCUGGAGAGAGCCAACAACCUAUACAUGGAGCUCAGUGCCAUCAUGCUGCAGCUGGAGGUCCGAGAGAAGGAACUAAUGAAGAGAGAGCAGGCAGUGGAGAAGAAAUAUCCCGGUACCUAUAAGCGCCACCUGGUCAGACCCAUCGUCAGGUCCAACGCUGUAGAGAAACUCAUCAAGAAGAAAGGAAGCAUGUCCCACAAACCUGGGAUGCCCACCGCUAAAAGGCCAGACUUGCUCCGUUCUGAUGGCAUCCCCAGCCUCGACCCUCUCCCCUCGCCCUCGCCUCUAUCAGCCAGCCCGAAGAUCUCCACGCCUCCUGGCAAAGCCCGCUACCGAAGCAAGCCUCGUCACCGCCGAGCCAACAGCAAAGGAAGCCACAGCGAGUUCCCCGGGGUGCUGAAGCCUCUUGCUGGAGCACCAGAGGACGCCCAGUCGCUCCAGGAGCAGCCGUUCCUCCAUCACCACCACCACCACCCGCCCCCCGAGGGGCCCUUCCUCCCCUUGAAGGGCCGCGAGGAGGCCGUUGUCAACUGUGCCAACAACCUGCGCUACUUUGGCCCCGCUGCUGCCCUCCGUAGCCCUCAGACAGACCACCUGCAGCGGCGUGUUUCUGGCUCUAGCCCUGACCUUAUAUCAACUGCUGUAGAUGCGGACACACGACAGCGGACUUCAUCCACCAGCUCCAAUCCUGUUUCAGGUGCUGGUUCUUUGUGUCCCUGUUGCCAGGCUCACCCGUUCCCUGGCUGCCUACACUGUCAGGAGACCCCUCCUGCAUCAAACCACCCAGAGUUGCCCCACUAUUCCCUGCUCAACACCCAGGAAAGCACCCCAUCCUCUUUAGGGGCUCCCAGCAAAGAUCCCACCUCAGACGGGGAAGUCACAAAGAAGGCUGAGCCACAGGAACAAGAAGCAUCCCAACGCACUCACAACCUGCUCACUGCUCUGCCCCGCACUCUCAGACCUCUCAGGAAGGGUGGCGAUGAGUCAUCUGAAGAGGAAGAGGGGGAGGUUGAUAGUGAAGUGGAGUUUCCAAGGAGACAGAGACCUCAUCGCUGUAUGAGCAGCUUCCAGUCCUACUCCACCUUCAGCUCAGAGAACCUGUCAGUGUCUGACGGAGAGGAGGGAAACACCAGCGACCACUCCCACAGCGGGCCCCUGGAGAGGCUGAGCGCCAGUCAGGAGGAACACCUGGACGAGCUACUGUCGCACACACCCGACAUCCCCAUUGACAUCUCCACCCAGUCAGACGGCCUCUCUGACAAGGAGUGCGCCGUCCGUAGGGUGAAGACCCAGAUCUCACUGGGGAAACUGUGCUCCGACGAACACAGCUACGAGAAUCCACUGCAGUUUGGGGACUCAGACUGUGAUUCAUCAGAAGCAGAGUGCUCCGAUGCCACCAUUAGAAACAACAAAGUCGGGGCUCCCUCCUCGUGGUGAAACCCGCCCCAGGGCUCGGUUCUGUUUUUGCCUGGAGGCCAUUGUGUCCCACUCUGCCCUGCAGAAAAUACAGCAAUAAGAGGACAACAUUGUAAACAUAGCUCCUUAUAGCAAAGCCCCAUGCAAUCUCUCCCAGAACCUCCCCCCCAGAACAAACCUUCCGUUCAUGAAACCCCUCCAUUCCCCCCCUCAUCUCUAGCACAGCAUCCAGGCAACCCAUGGCAGGGAUUCCCUUUUCAAUGAUACUGUACAGUAGAUAGUGUAACAUUCAUAAUUUAUUUUUGUCUGAGUUUUGAAGGAAAAUUCAGGACAUCUGUAAAUUCUCUGAUCUGAACAGAGAAAAAAAACUGACAUUUUGAAACUGAGCAUGGGCUAAGUGUGUGUGAUGAUUAUGACGAUGAGAAGGAGGAUGUGUUGAAGCGCUGAUGCAUCAGUGUGGAGUUACAUCGCUGCGAUUGUCGGUCUCAGGUGACUGACGCAGACAAAGGAGCGUCACUACAAGCCUAUCAUCGCCCUCAGCAUAUUACUGUUUUAGACGGAAAUCCCCAACCAACAAGGACCCCCUCUUACUGAUGUAAGAUCAACCUGCUUUCUCAUAGUUUACAGCGCAGAGCCCCAGUCCCCUGCCUCUCCCACUCCCAUCCCGUCCCCACCACGGAGAGUGGGGAACAGGGAGCUCAUGAAAAACAGCGUGAACACCAGCAUGAACAACCUGCCUCGCAACCGGACUCCCUCCCUCCUUAGAAACCACCACGUGUCUAAGUCAGUCAUCGGGAACCCAGCUAAACUGUCCAAGCAUGCCGGUGCAGCGUUGCAGAAAAAAUGCAAACGCUGCCAGAAGACUGCAUGAAAUGGACAAGCUAGCAGAGCAACAGAGAGGAAGAGUCGUCCGAGAGCUGAGGAGAAGACAAAACAAACAACAAUAACAGACUCUUCCUCUGUAACCCAGCUCAUCCUUCUCUGAGACACGCCAACGUCAUUGUCAUCAUCAAUCAGAUGUCAUGACCAGAGUCGUUUAGGGAGUUGUCAGUGAGUAAGUGUGAGUGUGUGUGUGUGUGUGUGUGUGUGUGUGUGUGU